AUGGCAGCUCUCUCCAAUUUCCUUGCCAGCCUCUACACCAUGUCCCUCGUCUUCUUCACCCUCCUCCUCCUCGAAUUCCUAACCCUAAUCCGAUCGGUCACCGGCUCGAAGCCGAAACCCGACAAGUGCGUCAUAACCACCGCGCUGUACCUUAAGCUCAUUGAUGACAAGAACCCCGCCGCCAUAUUCCGGAAGAUACAGAGGUCGCCGGCGCCGGAGAUGUGGCCGGAGUGUAGGGUUUGCCUGUCGGAGUUGGAGGAAGGGGAGAAGAUCAGGAGGCUUCAAUGUGACCAUGUUUUCCACAAGGACUGCCUGGACACGUGGCUCCAGCAAUACUGCGCCACGUGUCCGCUGUGCCGGACGAAGGUGUUGCCGGACGACGUCGUCGCGAGCUACCGGCGGAUGAGGAACCAGGUGGAGUAUGAUGGGAAUGAGGAGGAGCUCAUUUUCUUCUUUUCUGCAUUACAUGGUAACAGCUUCCACAGAUUGUAUUUCUGA